CCCACCCCUCAUCACCAGCAUGGAUCUGAAGGACCGUAGGCACCGCUCCCUGACCAGGGGUCGCUGCUCCAAAGACUCCCAGUACAACACCUCCACCCUGGACACAGAUGAAUGCCGUGUGCCUACCCAGAAGUCCUACAGCUCCAGCGAGACGCUUAAGGCCUUCGACCACGAGCAAAGGCUGCACUAUGGCGGCUGUGUGACUGACCUGGUUCACCACGAGGCUGAUGAGUACUCAAGGCAAGGCCUCCUGGAAUUCUCUCCCGUCCUCCUACGAUACUUCAUCUCAGGGGGCAACUUCACCCUGGCAGAACUGGGAGUAUGCGAGCCAAAUCCCACUCCGCACCCCGCCGCCGUUCCCUACUGUCCUGACCUGGGCCUCCUCCAGAGGGGUUACUCCCUCAGCGCCGGCUCCGAUGCCGACUCGGACCCAGAGGGGCCGCUGUCCCCAGAGCGAGCCAUCCAGCUGUGGGCUGGAAGAGGAAGAGUAAAAUCCCGCCGCAGCUCAGGAGUGUCCAGUCGUGAGAACUCGGCCCUCACUCUCACCGACUCAGAGAAUGACAACAAGUCUGACGACGAGUCAGCUUACCUAGAUGAUGAGGAGGAUGAGGAUCCAUUUGGAGACUAUGUGAUCAGUAAGUCACAUCUGACUGUGGCCUCUUUUAGAAUAGUUGGCCCACUUUAGGCCUAUCUGUUUGUAUGUGAUUGUGUUUGAUGUGAUUUUGUGCCCUCUUCUGUGUUUGUCUUCUGUGAUUUACUGUUUUUGUCUAUUAGUUGAUAUCUGUAUGAAAGAGGCUGUUGCACACACUGUAAUAACUCAGCUGAGAGAGUGCAACAUUAUCCCGGAGUCGGUUCAAAGGCUUGCUCUUUUUGAAAGUAUGAUUGCACAUAUUGUCGUAAUAUUCACAUCUCCACAAUGCAAUCAGAACAUUGCAUUUGUGAAAAGUUGUCAGGGUGUUGGUGUUAUGUGGGGAGAAAAAAAAGAAAGUCAAAUAAUUGGUUUCUGUACAUUACUCUUGUGUUUCAUCUGAUACAAGACAAGGCCAUUGCUCUUUUUCACAUGCCUCAUCUACAUUUACGAGCUCCUUUCAUUAUGAUCUCCUGUUCAUUAGCACACGUCCAACUGGUUAAUCUCUUUGCACUUGAUCAGAGAAAAUUUCCCAGAGGGUGCAUUUUUUUGACUCCCUCCCCCGCUAUUGGAAAGUCAGUCGUAUUUACUCGUGUCUCUGAGAUUGUUUGUCUCUAUGAGUGUGAAUUAGUGUUAAUGUUUGUGUUAUUGGGCUGUGGAGUUUUCAUCUGUUUUCAUUAGUAAGAUCAGAG